AUGGCCUCCACUCCAAAUAUCACUAAUACCCCUCCAACGACUCCUCCAUUUCAAGGGUUCUCGGCUCCUCCGUUAAGAAGAAUCGCGUCUACCUCUUCAACCGCAUCUUCUUCAUCAUCAGCCAGGUCUUCGCUGGGCGGUCGCAGCGACACCACGGCCAGGAAGAGGGGUUUUAUGCGGCCACAAGGGACAGAGUUCUCGACAUCCGCCAGGUCACGGGAAAGCGUCAUGGCUCUUGGGAGUAUAACUCACUUGCAAUACUUUUUUGCUAAAACAGGCCUUUUGGAUGGGAAGGGAGCUGGUCUUCAGACAAAGCAAAGCUCCCGGAAUUCGUCGAACCAACUUACAUUAGACACAAGCUCGGCAUCGCUUCUACAGGACUCGACGUACUCCUCACUUCGGUCAUCUCCCGAUAUUCUUGGACCCUGUGAGCAGGAAUUUUUCUCAGAGUCGCCUACGGAAUCAGAAAUGCUUGAUGAUUUCGAUUAUGACGAAUCCUCAAUGCUCCCACCCACAACCUCGACAUACAACCCCCAGACAAAGUCAAUACCACCAACGCCGGAUCCAUCUGUUCUACGGGAACAGUUGAGGGGUGCUUUAUCUGCCACCAGGGUGGCCUGGAUUCAAAGUCCUGUGGUGCCUCAGAAGAUUGGAGGUCAGGAAAGCGGUGCAGAUGGCGAUAACAGUAGCGGGAUUGAGUUGCCUCCUGGGUUUAACGAGCUUCAAGGAACCCAGCUCGUAGAACUAGCAACCUCUGCGAUCAGAGCAGCUAAGGCUUAUUACAUCACAACAGAUUCUUCCCUUCUUCUUUCAACGAAGGAUGAUAAAACCCUACGGGAAAAGUUCCUUGCUAUUCUGGAUAUAUUGAAAAGCAUGGCUCAGCGCAAAUUUGAAGGUGGGGUGAAGGCGGAAGAGAGGGAUUCUGUAAUUAGCUGGAUUGGGAGCGUGGAGGAAUCCUUGUCUGCGGAAGAGAAGGCCAUCUUUGAUAUGCGUAAAAAAGGCAGAGAAUGGCUGGAGGGCGAAUGGGAAGGACGAGAAAUGGUUCGCCGCUCGAAACGACCUUUUGGGCAGAUAGGAACCUACCAUACCGAGUUCACGAAGCCUUAUAGAUUAGCAGAAAAUCUGAAAUUUUGGAAGAAAGCAGCUGAAAUCAGAUGGGAGAUUAGGAUGCAGUUUGAUGUGAUGGCGGUGGUUAAUGGUACCGAAGACGGAUGGAGGGCCUUUGACAAGGAUAUUAGGCUUUGGUGCGAGAAGGUUCUUGGAGAGAUCAGGAGGGAUUGGGAAAUGGGCGCAGGAGCGGCGGUUGUCGGACAUGAAAUAGUUGUACGACAAGGGAGGAGUGGGACAAUGGAAAGCUUAAAUGUUGAAGUUGGCGCUGGAUACCACAAUUGA